AGUCAUCCCGAUUCCCGACUCAGCAAGCAAAAGAGGAAACCAGAAAAAAGCAGACACCUCGGUUUCACGUUCUCUACUACAGAAUUCCGGAGAUGGUGAAGAGAGACAGAGAGGACACGGAGGUCGAAGCCCUGGCCCUGGCCAACUGCUUGAUGCUCCUCUCCCGAGUCGGCGAGAGCGCCGACUCGUCAUGGCUGAACCACAAAUCCCGGCCUACAGAGCGGAUGUUCGCGUGCAAGACGUGCAACCGCGAGUUCUCAUCCUUCCAGGCGCUCGGAGGGCACAGAGCCAGCCACAAGAAGCCGAAGCUGUCCGGCGAUCUCUUCCACCUAGGGCGCUCCGCGGAUUCCUCACCGGCCAAGCCGAAGACGCACGAGUGCUCGAUAUGCGGCCUCGAGUUCCCGCUCGGCCAAGCCCUUGGCGGUCACAUGAGGAGGCACAGGGCCGCCAUGGCGGAGAGAUUGGCGACGGCCGAAAAGCCUGUGCCGGUGUUAAAGAAAUCAAACAGUAAGAGAGUCAUGUGUUUGGAUUUGAACUCGUCACCGACGGAGGACGACUUGACCUUGCGUUUAGGAAAGGCCGCGCCACCUUUGGUGCUAGAUCUCGUUUUGUAGGCCUUAGAGAACGUAGAUCGUGUACAAAGCAGUUUUUAGUGGAUGCCGGACUGUUCCUUUUUCGUUUUUUUGGGUAUUCAUCGAUUGAUAUUUUGAACCUGAGUCCCUGUAUUUUGCGUGGACAUUUUUGUUUUGUUUCAUGAACACAUAUUAUGUCUGAACGAGAUGAGUGAAAGGAUGAUUACGUUCUGCAGUU